UUGUAUGUAUGUGACAAAGUAGCAGAAAGAAGACCAAUACAAACUGCUAAAAUACUCCCAUCGAGAAUUCUCCAUCGCUACGCUUCGUCUUUGUCUCCUCUAGCACGGAGAUCGUCGGUGUCUCCUUGGCAUACGUUUGAGUUGACACUGGGAGGAAUCCGUUUCAUCGGCCCCAUGGACCACGGGACGCAGCCCCCCCUGUUGGAGGUGGAUGUGGAUCUGGGUUUUGCGCUCUUCUUCCUCUUCCUCUUGUGCUUCUUCCUGCUGGUGACGGUGGUGCGCUGUGCCCAGAUGGUGGUGGACCCCUACGGUUCCAUCUCCACCUCCACCUACCAGGAGGAGCAGAUUACCUGAAGACGUUGACCGUUCGCCAUGGUAGAUGUGAAGAUACUGCAGACCUGACCUCGAAUAGGGUUCCGACAAAAUAUCGAUAGUCAAAUCAAGUGAAAUCAUAUUUAGUUCAAAGCGCUUCACAUGGCAAAUGACAGACAUGAACAACAUACACACUCCUGUCCAGCAGAGGGCGACAUUGUACCAUUAUGCCGUUUGGCAAACGUCAAACGAUUCGUGCAAAGAAGAAAAAAACGAAGAAGAAGAAAACAUUUGGAAGAAGAAGAAGGCCACGACGAGUAGCGAGCGAGCUGUGACAGUAAACACAAUCUUAUAUUAAGCAUUGGUUGUCAAGGCGAUAACGCUUUGGUAUUGGCUUUAAGAAGCCCUUCAUGCUCUUAGUGGUCCAAAAUCGCAGUCCCGAAAAAGGCGGAGGUUUCGUUAAAUCGG